AGCCCUCCUUUUCAGGAAAGAGGCCAGCUUCCAGCUGAUGCUUCUAAGUCAGUUCUGUGCUCUCAAGCAAAUUUGCGGCACUGAGUGAGACUGAACGUUUCUCGCCCGGCUAUCAAGCAGCCCACCGGAGACAAACUAAGGUGCAUCUACGAAGCGACAGGUGCCGAGGACUGAGCCUGUCUCUCUCUCCCUCUCACUCUGACACGCAGACAUGGCCUCUUCCCUGCUCAGCCGACAGAUAGCUCUGUCACUGCCGCAAAACCUGCGUCUGUGCGCCCCAGGAUACCGAUAUGUCAGCAAAACAGCCGCAAAGACUCUGGAGGAGUUUGAGUAUGACGGCCCGUCGAUGAAGACCGAAGUGCCGGGUCCUCGGUCCAAAGAACUGAUGAAGCAGCUGGGAGAGAUUCAGAAUGUUGGCGCGGUGCACUUCUUCUGCAACUAUGAGGAGAGCCGUGGGAAUUAUCUGGUCGACGUGGACGGCAACCGCAUGCUGGACGUGUACACCCAGAUCUCCUCCAUCCCCAUAGGCUACAACCAUCCGGCGCUCAUGAAAGUUAUGGCAAACCCGAACAAUUUGAGUGCAUUUGUGAACCGGCCAGCUCUCGGGAUCCUGCCACCAGAGAACUUUCCAGACAAGCUGGUGGAGAGCCUCCUUUCAGUAGCCCCCAGUGGAAUGCGCCGGGUUCAGACAAUGGCCUGUGGCUCCUGCUCCAAUGAGAACGCCUACAAAGCCAUGUUCAUCUGGUACAGGAACAAAGAAAGGGGUCACAACACGCCAUCCCAGGAGGAGAUCAACUCCUGUAUGGUAAACCAGAUGCCUGGCUGCCCUGACCUCAGCAUCUUGUCCUUCAUGGGCGGGUUCCAUGGCAGAACUAUGGGUUGCCUGGCGACGACACACUCUAAGGCCAUCCACAAGCUGGACGUCCCAUCCUUCGACUGGCCCAUUGCCCCCUUCCCCAAGCUACGCUACCCGCUGGAGGAGUUUGUGAGGGAGAACGCCCAGGAAGAAGCCCGCUGCCUGGAGGAGGUGGAGGACCUCAUCGUCAAGUGGCGGCAGAAGGGCAAACCCGUGGCCGGGAUCGUGAUCGAGCCCAUCCAGGCCGAGGGAGGGGACAACCACGCCUCCGUCAACUUCUUCCGCAGCCUGAGGAACAUCGCCCGCAAGCACGGCUGCGCAUUCCAUGUGGACGAGGUGCAGACCGGGGGUGGGGGCACAGGCAAGUUCUGGGCCCACGAGCACUGGGGCAUGGAGGACCCCGCCGACGUCGUCUCCUUCAGCAAGAAGCUCCUGACGGGCGGCUACUUCCACAAGGACGAGCUGACGGCCGACAAGCCAUACAGAAUCUUCAACACGUGGAUGGGAGACCCUUCCAAAAACCUGUUCCUGGCCGAGGUGCUGAACGUGAUUAAGAGGGAGAACCUGCUGGAGGAGGUGACGCGUUCUGGGAAGGCUCUGCUCCACGGCCUGUACGACCUCCAGGCUCAGUACCCUCACAUCCUGAGCGCAGCCAGAGGCCAGGGCACGUUCUGCGCCGUCGACGUCUGCGACGAUGCCACGCGCAACGCCCUCAUCGCCAAGGCCAGGGACAAGGGGGUGAUCCUUGGAGGCUGCGGGGAGCGCUCCAUCCGGUUCCGUCCUGCGCUGGUCUUCAAGGAGUACCACGUGCACCUCUUCCUCAACAUCUUCAAUGACAUCCUGGCCAGGUACAAAUAGAGGGAGUGGCUGCAAGCCAGGCGCCACCCACCACCAAGCACAAGGGUCCAAUCCGCAGAGAGAUUCAUCCCGACGUAAUCGCAAACGAGCCAAUCACACCUUUUCCUCCCCUCCUCCCUCCCUCUCUCUUUCCUCGGGGGCAGGGUCACGACGCUCAGAGAACAGAAAAUGUGAUUUUAAGAAAUCCCAGGUAACGAGCCAUCAUGACAGUGAGAGUCGUGACAAGUACCGUGCUAGACCCCCAAGGACAGAAGCACAAUAAUGCCUUUUUGUUUUGUUUCUUUGUUUUUUUUUUGUUUUUUUUGUGGUUUCAUUUUAUUUUUGUAAUUGUACAUGAAGCGUACUGCGUUUCAUAAAUGAUCACUCCUAAUUUGACAUGAGAAGACAAUGGAAUUGGUUUUCACUACCUAAAGGAUGUUUUUGUUGGGUUUUUUGGCACAGAACAGCACUGUCAAAUAUGGCACAUGGUUGCAAAGACAAGGCAAUGCACUCAAAGGAAAAGCAUGUACCAGGGGGCAUUUUCGAAGCGUGAAGCUGAAGUACCAGUGUGGCAUGGGGGGUCUUGCUGGGCACGGGGUGGCUCGCAGUCACAUCCCAGGAUCACAUGGUUUCUGACGAGGGCUUUGCAUCUGUCACACUUGCGUCCAACCCAGCCACCUCUGUAAUGACCAUGAUCAGUCCAGGUUUGACUUGGGAACGGAGGAGAGGGUCAGACAGAAGCCGCCAACAUCGCAAAGGACUCCGGAGCGGUCUGCAUCCUGUCCGCCUACCGCCCAAUCAACUGCUCCGCUACUGCGAAUCCUGCCUCUAGCUCCCUCCAGUCCCCAGUGUUACCGCUUCAGAGCUGCGCAAAGCAUCUCGCUGCUGUGAAUUUUGUAAUGGAUUUGUCAUUGGUACGGCAGUUCGGAAUCUGUAGGCGUUUUAGACUGAGAGAUGCUGACACGCAACGGUAAACAAUGUUGAUGCAUAGCUGUCAAUGAAACUAACUUCAGUAAGCUAUUAACAAUUAAAAACAUUCAUGUUUCCCAGUUCUGCUUCAGAGCAUAGGCUCUCAGCAAAAACAAACAGGCACUUGCACAAAUAUAUGUUGUAAAUUGUCAAAUUCAGGAAAAUCUUAAUGUAAUUAACCAAUGAAAACUUUCCCCUGGUCAGGGACAAGAUACAGUUCAAUCUAUUUUUAAAGAGAGCUUGUAGAUUUUGACACUUAACAGGAACGUCUAACAGAUACUCACUUCUCCCCUCCUGCUCCUGGCAAGAAAGGAAAAUUUCUGAAAACAAAUUUUGCCUGGAUCGAGUGCCACCAUUAUAGACAAUAAGGAAAGAGGCUUCACAACACUUGUUCCCUUUGGUGAUAAAUUGAGACAUUGAAAUUGCAGUUUAAAUAUUACAUAGCCUAACUGUCUAGAGUUCCCUCCCCAUAUAGCUCUUUGACUAUCAGCUGUUAAACUGAUAUGACUGUUAUACUGGCAACAUGUGCUUAAAUCUCUAGGUUUGUACAUGGAUUUUGGGUCUGUGGUGUUCCUACAGUGUUUCAGCACAAGGUAAUUAUGAUCCUUUCAUUGACAUUUUGAGGGCAUUUUGAGAGCACAGCUAGUUCAGAAGAAAGCACUAGAUACGCUACUUAAAACCUGACUUCGCAAUCCUGGCAUUGUCAUUAUUUUGCUAUGUUUUGCUGCAACGCAACUUGGGUUAGAGCCGCUGUCAGCACUGCGCACAGGUGAAUACUGCCCAGGUGACACACACCAGUCUGACAGUCUUAAACAUAUGUGAGUCACUUGUUUAGAAACUCAGCAAAAAGUGAUGGUGUUUGGGGCGAAUCUUGAGUCUUAAAGUACUGGUUGUGAAGCUAUUUUUUGUUGUUUCUUUUUGUGGUUUUUUUUUUUUUUUAUCUUUAUUCUUAAGCUUUGACAUAAAGGUCUCAAUCCAACUGCCAAAA